AGAGGGAGGAGGCGAACCCCUUCUGUCUCGAUGGUUUAAUAAACUUACAGCCAUCACUGCUUUAUUACAGACGGUGAAUUCGGAGGAAGAGAAGACUAUCGGAGUUUCUCGGUACAAAACAAACAUCAAGACUGUGUCAGAAAACGGAUUUACGGAGAGAUACCAACGAAGUGUGCUAACGUAGCUAGCCUGGAAGCUAACGGCAGCUAGCAUGGAGGAAGAGAAGAACAACAUAAACAGAGACAUCCUGCAGGUGGUAGUGAAAGAUGAAGAGGUUCUCCCUGAGCAGCAGGAGAGGAGCUCCAGUCUGGACCAGGAGGAGCCACCAGAACCAGCACAUAUCAAAGAGGAACAGGAGGAACUCUGGAUCAGUCAGGAGAGAGAACAGCUUCAAGGAGCAGAGGAGGAUGAUAUCAACGCGUUCACAUUCUCUCCCGUCCCUCUGAAGAGUGAGGAAGAGGAUGGACCUCAGUCCUCACAGCUUUAUGAAAACCAAAGUGGGGUGUACAGAGACACUGAGCAUUUGAAAACAGAAUCUGAUGGAGAGGACUGUGGAGAAUCAGAAGCAGACAGAGACUUCAAUGCAGACAGUCAUUUUCCUCCAGUUACUCCUGAGGAGACUUCAGACCUUUCUGGAUCUGAUACUGAUGACAGUGCUGAUUGGGAGGAGAGUGAUGAACCUCAUGAAGUUUUAAAUGAUCUACUAAACAAAGAAGUAACUGAAAGUGAUUUGAAACAAAAUAGUGGAGACACAUCAGUGAGCUCCUCUGAAUGUGCUCCAGGCUUUGGAGAAAAGAAAGGACAGAAGCAGCAUCAAGGAGAGAAACCACUGAGUUGUUCAUUUUGUGGUAAAACAUACCAGGGUAAGAGAAAUUUAAGACACCAUAUGUUACGUCAUUCAGGAGAAAAACGUUUCAGCUGCUCAGUUUGUCAGAAAAAAUUUCUCUGGAAAGUAAAGUUGAUGAGCCACAUGAGAGUCCACACGGGAGAGAAACCACUGAGUUGUUCGGUUUGUGGUAAAAGUUUUUCUUGUCAUGGAAAUUUGAGAGCACACUCCUUUACCCACACAGGGGAGAAACAAUUUAGUUGUUCAGUUUGUGGUAAAAUGUUUUUUUGCCAUGGAAGUCUUAGAAAACACUCUGUCAUUCACACGGGGGAGAAGCCGUUUAGUUGUUCAGUUUGUGGUAAAAGUUUUUCUCAAUAUGGAAAUCUGAGAACACACUCUGUAAUCCACACAAAGGAGAAACAAUUUAAUUGUUCUAUUUGUGGUAAAAGUUUUUCUCAACAUGGAAGUCUAAAGAGGCACUCCGUUGUCCACACAGGAGAGAAACCAUUUAGUUGUUCAAUUUGUGGUAAAAGUUUUUCUAGACAUGAAAAUCUAAGGGUACACACAAUGACCCACACAGGGGAGAAACGAUUUAGUUGCUCAAUAUGUGGUAAAAGUUUUUCUUCUAAUGGAAAUCUGAAAACACAUUCUGUUGUCCACACAGGGGAGAAACCGUUUAGUUGUUCUGUUUGUGGUAAAAGUUUUUCUCAACAUGGAAGACUGACAGCACACUUUGUUGUCCACACAGGGGAGAAACCGUUUAGUUGUUCAGUUUGUGGUAAAAGUUUUUCUCAACAUGGGAGUUUGAAAAGACACUCUGUUGUCCACACAGAGGAGAAACCAUGAACAUUUACUGAACCUCAGACUGUCAAAAACUACAAGUGGGCCAGUAAGAGCAUUAAAAAUGAAAAUGAAUUUUGGUAGUCAUCACAUAUGGCCUUUAAAGUACAGGGGCAUUGUCUGACAUUUGCUGUUUUGAAAUAUGAUUUGGAAAGUAAUUUUUUUUUCUACACACACAAUGUUUAUGGUGUUGCAGGGCUCUAAGUUUUAACCAACUGUGUGUUAAACAAUUUAUCAAUCAACUAUUGCACUGAAGAACAAAUUUACCCUUAGGAUCAGUUCCAAUUUCACAGACCUGUCCCAAUACAGUAAACAGAUGUUAGAUGAUUUACAAUUUAGAGUUGCUGAUUUCAGUAGUUUCUUAAAUUUGACAUUGUUGAUGUUUGUAUAACAAUAAAUAUUCAGUUGAUUGCCAAGAUAUGUCUCUCUUUCCCUUUUGACU